AUGUCUCUGUUCAAGGCCCGUGACUGGUGGUCUGCAGCGCUCGGGGGGGAGGAGUUCGACCAGGGAUGUCUCUGUGUUGGAGACGUGGACAACAGCGGCAGCGGACAUGAUAAGAUCGUGGUGGGCAGCUACAUGGGGAUGCUGCGAAUAUUCUCCCCACAUGCCAACAAGUCCAGCGAGGGCGCUCCGACGGAAGCCCAGCUCCUGGAAGUCAAGCUUCAAAACGCCAUCAUCCAGGUGGAAGUGGGCAAGUUUGUCUCUUGCUCCGAUCUUCUUCAUCUGGCGGUUUUACAUCCCAGGAAGUUGUCGGUCUACUCCGUGUCAGGCACUGCAGGGAACGUGGAGCACGGUGACCAGUACACGCUGAAGUUGGUUUACGAACACAACCUGCAGAGGACGGCCUGCAACAUGACCUACGGCGCCUUUGGAGGGGUCACAGGUCACCACUCCCUGUGUAUCCAGUCCAUGGACGGGAUGCUGAUGUUCUUCGAGCAGGACAGCUACUCCUUCGGCAGGUUCCUCCCGGGGUUCCUGCUGCCCGGCCCGCUGGUCUACAACCCCAGGACAGACAGUUUCCUUACUGUGUCCUCUGCACGCCAGUUGGAGAGCUACAAGUACGAGACUCUAGCUGUAGCUACGGAUGCAGAAAGCCGACAGGACCCUGACGUGCCUGUGAAGACCGGAGGCAAGAGGCUGACGCCUGAUUGGACCUUCGUCCUGGGAGAAGUGGCCCUGGACCUCUCUGUGCCCCUGUUCUCUCACUCCUCCGCCUCCAUCUUUGUUCUGGGUGAGAGGAACCUCUACUGUUUCCGCGACAACGGCCAGAUCCGCUUCAUGAAGAAGCUGGAGUUCAACCCGAGCUGCUUCCUGCCGUACACCUCAGUGACGGAUGGCACCACCAACUUGUUACUAGGCAACCACACCAACAUGCUGCUGGUCUACCAGGAUGUGACUCUGAAGUGGGCGGCCCAGCUCCCCUUCGUCCCCGUGGCCCUACGCAUCGGCAACUUCCCUGAGUUAAAGGGAGUCGUGAUCACUCUGAACUCCGAUGGUCACCUCCUGUGCUCCUACAUGGGAACAGACCCCUCCUUCUUCUCCACGCCAAAGGUGGACGCCAGGGAGGCGGACUACGAGCAGGUGGAGGCUGAGAUGAAGAAGCUGCAGAAGUACAUCAGAGAGGCCAGCAGGACUCAGGACAUUCUGCCUAAAUCUGACGUCGAGGAGGACCUGAUUAUUACUGCUGUGGUGUCGUCAAGUAUGGACAGCCCAUCGCUAGCUCUGAUCCAAGACCUGGAUGGUCUGCCCGUCCCUUCAGUAACCGUCCAGGUGACGGUGAAGGCCAGCUGUGUCAUGCAGUCCUCAAAGCUGAGCGUCGGCGUUCAGCCUCCUCUGGCCGUCACUCAGGACCAGUUCGUCCUGCAGCCCAUGGGUUUUGGAGCGUCCACAGUCGUGGAGUUCUCAGCUUUCCUAAACGGCAGGUACUCCCCCGCCGACCUGACGGGAGACAUCACCGUGUCCUACAGGUCGCCCACAGGAGUUCCUCGGGUUCAUCAGACCAGGUUCAGUCUUCCUCUGGCGUUGGUGUGUGUUCCUUCAUCUCCGGCCAAAAACACCAAAUUUAAGAUCACUGUGGAUACCAACCAGCCUCCGAUUGAGCUCAGCUCCAUCUUCCCAGAGUUUGCAGCAAAAUCUGAAGAUAAGGAUGCUAACGGUUUGGCUUUCCAGUUCCUGUCAGGAGCCAAAGUCACCGUUCUGGCCUCUAAGACUUCCCAGCGUUACCGUCUUCAGAGCGACACUUUUGAGGACAUCUGGUUGGUGGUGAAGGAGCUGGUCCAGAGAUUUGACAAACAUUUCCACAAACUGGGAGUCAAAGACUUUAAGAAAAGCUUCAGUGGGCCGCUCCCGCUGCAGGACUACUUCCUGUCUGUAGACCAGCACUUCCAGCUGCGUGUCGGUGCUCAGCAGUACCAGGACCUGCUGUCAGAGCGGGCGGUCCAGUUCAGAGCCAUCCAGCGCCGCCUGCUGACUCGAUUCAAAGACAAAACCCCGGCACCUCUGCAGAAUCUGGACACACUGCUGGACGCUACCUACAGCCAG